AUGCCGCUUCGCAAGAGAAGUUCAGCAGAGGCAGAGCGCGAACUGGCAUUGAAAACCCUGACCGCUGGGGAGGAAAAGGAGAACGACAAGUCUACAAACGAACCACUCAGCUGGAAGAGUGUUCAUACUCGACAGGAGAAAAGACGAAGUGGCGGGAUGUUAAUCGCAGCGGUUGCUCCUCUAAGCCCCAUGAAAAGAUCGGACGGUCCCAGAUCCGACGAAACGCCAGGUUGUGAGAGUCCUUCGGCCAAGAGGAGAAGUCUUCACGGACCAGGCCUCGAUUUCAGCAUAUUUGAGUCCGAUAGCCUGGAGAGUGGAAUGUUUGGUGACAAACGAGCGCAAGAUGACAACGAUUGGUUUGUGAGUAACUCGUUCUUGUCAUCAUCUCGAUUUUCAACAAUCCCAAAGCGGUCGUCGUCUUUGAGGAAGUCGACUAUUCAGCAAAGACAGAUCGAUCGGUCAAGCAAUUUGAAAUCCCACCAUGUCAUGGAGGCGGACAAGUCAUGGUUAGACUUCACCGCGGCAGCAAACCCCAAAAAGGAGAUGCGAAUGUCUCUGGAUAACCAGAUGGACUCAUUCCCACGCGAUAGUCCUUUUCCAAGUUCAGGACACCUCUUGAGCGCUUCAAUCCAUCCCAUCUCUGCCAGCCAGAAUGGCUCAUCCUAUCAGCCUCGACAUCCCCUUUCUCGGACCAUGACCCAGUCAUCGUCUCAGCCUGACGAGCAAGACGAUUCACCUACCCAUGAACCUAUGCACCGCCCCAACAGACCUCGUUCUCAUGAUUUCUCGAAAUCUUUGCCAGUCGGCUCGUCUAGGCCAGUUCCAUCACCUGAAGACAAUGGCUUCUCCUCCCAGGCUUCUUUCGCCACCCCAGGCAACUACAAAGCUGCUAAGCCCUUGCCAGCGGCAUUCAUGUCGACUGGUCUCAUCUCCAAGAAGAACCGAAAUGUGGAAGAUCCUAACGCUGGCCUACCGAAAGCCCAUAUGCCAGAUACUCCCUGCAAGAAACAGCCCGCCAUCUUCCAGAAUGAGGAGAAAUUUGCACCAGCCAAAAGUGCUGUCAAUAGAAUCUCUCGACAGUCUUUCGGGGUCCCCCCAAGUCCACUCGAAGUGAGCCAUGGUCCUUCCAAGGUCUCAGCGUUUCCGUUCUCUAAGAGUGUCGGCAUCUUCGGACCUCGACCUAGUCGACACAAUUUGCUUCGGGAUGGAGGUUUUGCAUCCAUCGACCCCGAAGACAAAACGAUCGGUCGUUCUCCGUUAAGUCGCGCGAAUAGUCAGUCAACGGACUCUGACUAUCCCCCUACCCCCACCAAACACCUGACAGAGCCUCAUGAUCGGAGCUCAGUUUCUCCAUCGCCACACCAAUCAGCCUUGUCCGUCAACCAAGCUGUUGCUCCUCCUGCCCAUUUAAGUCGUUUGUCAAGCAGUAAGUUGUCUCCUAUUGUGGCAUCGCCAGGAUGCGUCGACCUGGACAGUGACAGCGCGAUGGAAGAUUCCCCAUCCGCCAACCUGAGACCAAAGUCGACGCUGAAUGCCGUCACCCUGCCGGAUCCUUCUUCUGCCCAAGGUCAAGCUUCGAAAGGUCUCAGAUAUUCUCUUUCCACGAGGAGGACACUCUCGAUUCCGACCAUGCAACCCCCUGCUUUGGAACGUGCUAAAAGAAUAUCUGUGCCACCAGUAAGCCCAAGAAUUGAAAAAACGGAGCGUGGAUCACCUCACACCCCUCUCGACAGCUUCUUCCCUCCUGAUCCAAGCGGCCUGACAAUUUCGGGGCGCGCCGAACGUCCGCCAACGAGGCAGAACAAUAUGGCACCUAUCAUUCCAGCAACGCCGACUGGGCCACGAGAGUACUUUACAAAUUUCUCCAACCGCCCAAGCUUGAACCUUGCAUCAUCAGAUGCAACAAAUGUCGACAGUAGCUUGACGUCGAGGUUUGAAAAGGUUGACCUGAUUGGCUCCGGAGAGUUUUCGCAAGUCUAUCGGGUUUCGCAACCACCUGAGACAUCCCCGUUCCAUAAGAUCUAUUCUGUGUCCACCAGCCGUCCAUCCUCGAGAAGUUCUGUCCCUGAAAAAAUUUGGGCCGUCAAAAGAUCCCGGAAUCCUUACACUGGUGCCCGAGACCGUCAGAGGAAAAUUCACGAGGUGGACGUGCUCAAAGCCUUGGGCCAUUCAGAUCACAUUGUGACUUUCGUCGACAGUUGGGAGGAAAAUGGCCAUCUUUACAUCCAAACAGAAUUUUGCGAAGAAGGUACCCUUGACGUUUUCCUUGCCCAAGUCGGCCUGAAAGCGAGGUUAGACGAUUUCCGCAUCUGGAAGAUCCUUCUUGAACUGGCAAUGGGUUUGAAGCACAUACAUGACUCAGGGUUUAUCCAUCUAGACCUCAAGCCGGCAAACGUCCUCAUUACAUUCGAGGGCGUCCUCAAGAUUGCUGACUUCGGCAUGGCAACACGAUGGCCGGCAAAGGCGGGCAUCGAAGGCGAAGGGGAUCGCGAAUAUAUCGGACCAGAGAUCCUGAUGGGCCGAUACGAUAAACCUGCUGACAUAUUUGCACUCGGUCUGAUCAUGCUGGAGACGGCUGGAAACGUCGAACUACCAGACAAUGGCGUAUCCUGGCAGAAGCUGCGAAAUGGGGACAUGAGCGAUGUUCCGAGUCUGACAUGGAGUUCUGGGACCAGCGGGAUUUUGAGGGAUGCGUCUGGUAAUCCCGUGUCCAGGGGAAACUCCUUUGGAUUUCGGCCGGACAGCGAGCACCACGACGUGGAAGUGAUGGACGGCGAUGGUUUCGAGGCGGCUGCGACCGGGCCUCACCAGAGGACGCCAAGAUUCGAACGGAGCGGCGAACUCGUCGAUCCGCCUCAGUUUAUGGUAGAUCCCUCUCACGAACAAGCUCUCGACAGAGUUGUGCGCUGGAUGAUAUCUCCAGACCCAAGCGACCGUCCUCUUGCCGGCGAGGUGCUCAACACUGAAGGCGUACGGUGGGCAGAAACGAGGCGGCGAGCAGGAGCGACUGUCUUUGAAGGCAACUGGGGACCUGCCGACGAGGUCCUUGCUGAAGACGCGGAAAUGAUCGAUGUCUAA